AUGUGCUGCUCGCUGUUGAGGUGCUUCCUGGGAUGCAGCAAUUGCACGAGCAUCAUCUCCCACUCGAUCAUCUUCUUCACGCUGCUUGUCGGGCUCAUCGUGGUCAACUCGAUUGGUGCGCCGUGCAGCUGCGUGUUGCGCGACUACCCGAAGGAGCUGCUCUCCCGCAACAAGGGCUACCAGGAGAUGAUGCACAAGCUUGUCGGCGACCCCGAGCAAUAUAAUGACCGCUGCACGCAGUGGAAGCUGAUGGCCAGCGCGCAGCAGAAGAAGGAUGCGGCUGAUCAUCUAGACCCGGUUACUAUCUCCCGCCUGAGCGAGUCCGACCUGCUCCAAACUACGGCCACCUGCCUGGCUGCCAACAAGUGGUGGGUGAUGGUGCUGCUCCUCGGAUGCCUCGCCGUCAUCAUCCUGGCCAGCUCGCUGUCGUGCAUCGGGUUGAACCGUGAGACGCAGUACGGAUGGCAGAUACCCGCCAUUAUCAUCACGGGGAUGUACUUCGUGGCGUCGGUGUAUCUGCUGUACUCGGCUUCUUCGGUCACUUCGGAUUUGGGACCCUAUCGAUGGACAUCCAUCGCGACAGCGUACCAUCCGAUCAGCUAUGCCAUCUACUUGGAAUCGCACCCACGAGUACCAAGUCGCCUCGCAGAGCGAACACUAGAAGGGAUCUACGCCACUGGCCUACUCGUCCACAUCAACAUCUCCCGGGCUGCCCAAAUGAUCACUGCUCGUUUACCCGACCAUAUC